UCCUGCAGCGGUGCCCAGCAGCCUUGGUGAAGGCCCUGCCCAGCAGAGAUCAUGUAUUGCCUCCAGUGGCUGCUGCCCGUCCUCCUCUUUCCCAAGCCCCUCAACCCCACCCUGUGGUUCAUCCACUCCAUGUUCAUGGGCUUCUGCCUGCUCAGCUUCCUCCUGGAGCAGAAACCUUACACGAUUUGUGCCUUGGUUUUCUUGGCAGCCCUGUUCCUCAUCUGCUACAGCUGCUGGGAAAACUGUUUCCUGGACCACUGCUCUGAUUCCCUGCUUCCGGAAUUGGCACAUGGAGUUGUGGGCACGUAACAGCCUGCCCAAUUAGCUUUCCAAGGAAGCAGAA